AUGGGUACCAUGUUCCCCACUCUCAAGUUCAAAGACGCCAGCUCCAUGACCCAGAUCGAUAUUCAAGCUGCAAACGAAUCUCUCAACAGAGGUAAAGGUGUUCGAAAAGCGUGCAACUCAUGUCGCAUUGGAAGGUGCAGGUGUUCAGGCCAGAGGACUGGCUGCGACAAAUGUCGGGAUAAAGAGCUGGAAUGCGUGUACGAGGAAGCCUCAUUGAGAGCCAAGAGGAAAUCUAUCGCACAAGACCAAAAUGAUACUAGCAACAACGAACAAGCGAAUCCCUCAAGCUUUGAGGUCGAAGGCUCGCAGGAUCAAUACAUUCUUGAUACAACGGUAUGGCCUGCUCCACCCGAAAGUCUAUCGCCAUACUCUCGUCUGCAUCACAUCGAACAAGGCAUUUGUCCUUCCGUCACACCCACGAUCACUACUGUGGGUGUAGACACGUAUGAAGCCAACAUGCUCGAUGUCGACAGCACGAGCACAAACUCUACUGGGUCGUUCAACCUCGACCCUCAGUUUGAAUCGUCUGAUCAAGGUUGCGAUGUCGAUGUUGGUAUUGCGUAUGACUUCGAGGAUCUGGAUUUCCAUUCCUUGAUACCUCAAGAUGAACCUUUUCCCUUCGCCGCCCAGAUCUGCGGAGAUUUUUCGAACCUUGACAUACCGACCAUGCAAUUGUCAACAGAACUAGAUCUACAGAACGUCGACACUGCUAUCGGGGAUAGCAAGAACUUCGAUUGUCCUGUACCACGCGGUUGUAGAAAGCUGACCCGACCAAUCAUCAACUUGGACCACGCGGCUCAUAUACCUUCUGGAGAUGAACGCUACUCACCAAACACUGUAGAGGCCUCUUCCAACCAUACAUCGCCAGCUGAGGCAGCGCGGCCAUCAAUCCCGCCGGCCUGGAACUCGUCCAAUUCUCCGUGUGACUGUAUGGCAAAGGCGACGUCACUGCUGGGAAGAUUGGAGGACAUCGCAACGCAGGGCGCAACACAACCUGAUUGCUCAUUGAGGGCCCAUCGGCAGGCACUGUCAAUCAUUGCGAAAGCUCUAGACUGUGUUCUGUGCCGUAAGACAAAUUCCUUGAUUGCCUUGUUGGUCCUUGUCGUGGUCCGCCUGGUUGGUGCGAUCAACCCGUUGUGUCAGACUCCAAGCGCAAAGAUACAACUCAGACUAGGAGAGUACGAUAUCGAUCCUACCGAAGAAUGGCCCCAACUGGUUCGCUGCCUCAUGUCUAUGCAGCUUGUCAAGCUGCGUUAUCUACUCAGACGAUCAUGGUCUCUUUCGGACGGUCCCGCGUACGAAAUGCAUAGGGAAAUGCUUUCUCGCGCUUGCAAUGGCUUUCGUAGAUCUUGGGUCCAAUUGAACGGAGAAUAG